AUGGUAGUCCUGGAUGGGCGUUGCUUGUGCGUGGGGAACUGCUGCUGCCUUGAUCUCCAUGUUCCUGCCUUGCAGCAGAAGAAGCAGGAGGAGAAGUUCCCAGUGCCCAUAUCCUUGGAAGUGAUCAAGGGCUUCAGCCAGCGAAGUAUGCAGAGCGAUGCCUCGACGCGAGCCUCCGGGAGGUUCAGUCGGGGAGGCUCGUCUCACUACGGUUCAGGCCAUUGGUGUGUGGAUGACGAGUCGAUGGGGUUAUCGUUGUUCCGCACUCGGAGGCAUGCUGCAGCAGGGGCAUGCUAG